AUGACCGUCCCCGCACUUGUUGUGACGCCCGUGCGCGACGAAGAAGCCUCGUCGACGGCGCCUGGACUUGCGACGGGUAGCAUUAGUGCCAAUGGGAAUACUGGAAUGAAGACCCCGCGCCGCUCGAAGCGUGCAUCAUCGCCAUCACUGUUUAUUAUUACCCCGUCGAGGACUGCGGGGGAGGCGGCGCCUGAGCCGGAAUCCGGCGGGCAAGUCAAAGAAGACUCCAGGCAGCAUGUGAGCGCUGGUCGAGGCAAGCUUCAAGCCAAGCCCAAGUCCAUGCCGGCCAUCAAGCCGCACGAUUCACCCCUCAGAAACAAGACCAUCAAGGCAUCUGCCGCCAUGGUCAAGGCCAAGGGUACUCCCGUGCAGGAAAGGGACCCCAACAUCCAAAUCCCGGUUCGCGAUUCUCCUUCCACGCCAAAGAGACACAAGGGCACACCAUGGAAGAGUGUUGUGGAUGCCACUGCAAUCAAGGAUAUUCCCAUCAAGAGCACACCCCUGGAGAAUGUACUGCUCAAACGUACACGGGCCAGCAGUCCAUUUAUCGGCAGUCCGCUCUCCAGUAACACCGCCGCCACCAGCCCACUCGCCACCAGUCCAAUCAGCGCCUCGUCCUCCACAGACUCGUCUCCUGUCUAUGCCACUCCUGCUCCCAAGACGCCCUCAAACAACCUGGUCCACCACACUCCUAUCAAGAAGACGCCUGUCCUUAGGCACUACUCCAAAGUAACACCACGCUCGACCCCCGCUCGCAAGAUCUUGAUCAAGGUCAACGAACUCAAGAUUCGCAACGCCGAGCUAGAAAGCAAAAGCAAAGCCGUCGAGCAUCAGUUCCAAGCUCGUGUGGCCGCUCUGCUGUCUGCCAACAAUGUCCUUCGUGCCAAAACCUCUGCGCUGGAGACUGAAACUGCCUCACUUCGGCGUGUCGCCGGCCACCAGGCGCAGCGCAACCCCCUUGAGGAAGCGAAUAGCCUCAUCCAGCGCCUCGAGGCCGAAGUAGCCGACCUCAAGUACCGAGCUCGUCGAAACGCCCUUGCCGCCCUCGGCGGUGGCACCGGUAGCAACAGUAGCAACGGUAGCAACGGUGACGCGCAAGCGUAUUUCAAGUUGGUUGUCCUCGUCGAGCUUGGAUACGUCGUUGGCACACCGUGGCAAAAGCACAAAUGGGGACACCUUGCUUCAGCCUGA